AUGGGUAAACUUCUAGAGGGAAUAAUUCUGGAGCGACUUCAGAGAAUCCUGGUAGGCGAAAAUAGCCUAUCGGAAAAUCAAUUCGGUUUUAGGAAAGGGCGGUCGACAGUAGACGCGAUCCUAGCGGUUCUCGAGAAGGCGAAAAAAGUCAAAGAGGGACGGAAGAAGGGAUUUUGCGCACUCGUUUCGAUAGACAUCCGUAACGCGUUUAAUUCCGCGAAAUGGGAUAACUGUAUGGAGGCAAUGAGAUGUAAAGGGGUGCCAACGUAUCUGUUGCGAAUGAUGGACAACUAUCUUAGCGACAGAUGGGUUGUUUACGAGAGCGAUGCAUGUCAUAUUAAAGAGAAAAUGACAUGCGGAGCUCCCCAAGGAUCAAAGGUGGGUUGGCGACCGAGAGCGCAUAGAAAAAUUCAAAGCGGAAAUCCGCAAAGAAUCUAG